CGCCGCUGCCGCUUGCCCUACUCCAGAGCCGCCGCCGCCAUUUGCACGGGGACCCCAGUGACAGGGGCUCGGCGGAGGGGCGGAGGGAGGGGGGUGGGCCCGCGGAGCCCCCGAGGGCGGGAGCGACGCCGCCGGCGCCGGCCGGGCUCCCUGCGCGACCGCGCCGCCCGCGGCGGGCCCCGAGCAGCAGUAGCAGCAGCAGCAGCAGCAGCAGCAGCCGCCGAGGCCGGGCGUGCGCCUGAGGCGCGGCGGCGGCGGCGGCCCUGCGGGCGGCCGGGAGGGGCGGGGGCAGCGGCCGCCGCCGUUUGAUGGAUCCGAGGAUCGCCUGGUUCCAGCCAGAGCAGCUCGGACCGUCCAACAGUCUGUGGAUGCAGAUCUGGGAGACGACCCAGGGGCUGAGGAACCUCUACUUCAACCACCACUGUCACAGCAGCGGCGGCGCGAGCGGCGGCGGCGGCAGCAGCACGGCCACCGGCGGGAGCGGCAGCAGCACCGGCAGUCCGGGCGGCGCGGCCCCGGCCCCGGCCCCGGCCCAGGCCGGCAUGUACCGCUCCGGGGAGCGCCUGCUGGGCGGCCACGCGCAGUCCGCGGAGCAGCGGGACUUCCUGCCCCUGGAGACGACCAACAACAACAACAACCACCACCAGCCCGCGGCCUGGGCCCGCCGGGCUGCCGCGGGCUCCUCGGCGUCCCCGUCCCCCUCCGUGUCCUCGUCCCCACACUCCUCCGCCGCCGUCCCCGCCGCGGAGCCCGCGGACCCGGCCUCGGGCAGCAGCAACAAGAGGAAGCGCGACAAUAAGGCCAGCACCUACGGACUCAACUACAGCCUGCUGCAGCCCAGCGGAGGGCGGGCCGCGGGGGGCGGCCGGGCCGACGGCAGCGGGGGCGUGUACAGCGGGACCCCGUGGAAGCGGAGGAACUACAACCAGGGAGUCGUGGGUCUGCAUGAAGAAAUCAGUGAUUUUUAUGAAUACAUGUCUCCGAGACCGGAGGAAGAAAAGAUGCGGAUGGAGGUGGUGAACAGGAUCGAGAGCGUGAUUAAGGAGCUCUGGCCCAGCGCUGACGUCCAGAUAUUUGGAAGUUUUAAAACUGGCCUGUAUUUACCUACUAGUGACAUUGAUCUUGUGGUAUUUGGGAAGUGGGAGAACCUUCCCCUCUGGACCCUGGAAGAAGCUCUCCGGAAACAUAAAGUUGCAGAUGAGGAUUCGGUCAAAGUUCUAGACAAAGCAACUGUACCUAUUAUUAAAUUGACAGAUUCUUUUACUGAAGUGAAAGUUGAUAUCAGCUUUAAUGUACAGAAUGGCGUGCGAGCAGCUGACCUCAUCAAAGACUUUACCAAGAAAUAUCCUGUAUUACCGUACUUGGUUUUAGUAUUGAAACAAUUCUUAUUACAGAGGGACCUUAAUGAAGUAUUUACAGGUGGAAUUGGUUCUUAUAGUCUCUUUUUAAUGGCAGUCAGUUUCCUUCAGUUACAUCCCAGGGAAGAUGCUUGCAUCCCCAAUACAAACUAUGGUGUUCUUUUAAUAGAAUUUUUUGAAUUAUAUGGACGACACUUCAAUUAUUUAAAGACUGGCAUCCGGAUAAAGGAUGGUGGUUCGUAUGUGGCCAAAGAUGAAGUACAGAAAAAUAUGCUUGAUGGCUACAGGCCAUCGAUGCUUUAUAUUGAAGAUCCUUUACAACCAGGUAAUGAUGUUGGAAGGAGUUCAUAUGGGGCCAUGCAAGUGAAACAGGCCUUUGAUUAUGCCUAUGUUGUUUUGAGUCAUGCUGUAUCACCAAUAGCGAAAUACUAUCCCAACAAUGAAACGGAGAGCAUAUUAGGUAGAAUAAUUAGAGUAACGGACGAAGUUGCCACAUACAGAGAUUGGAUAUCAAAACAGUGGGGCUUGCAGAAUAGGCCUGAGCCUUCAUGCAAUGGAAAUGGUGUUACCUUGAUAGUAGAUACUCAGCAGUUAGAUAAAUGUAAUAAUAAUCUAUCUGAAGAAAAUGAAGCCCUUGGAAAAUGUAGAAGUAAAACUUCGGAAUCUCUUAGUAAACACUCUUCAAACUCUUCAUCAGGUCCAGUGUCUUCCUCUUCUGCCACACAGUCCAGCUCUAGUGAUGUCGAUUCUGAUGCGACACCAUGCAAAACCCCGAAACAGCUGCUCUGCCGUCCGUCCACUGGGAACCGGGUAGGGUCGCAGGAUGUGUCCUUGGAAUCAUCCCAGGCGGUUGGGAAAAUGCAGAGCACCCAGACCAGUAACACCUCCAACAGCACCAACAAAUCUCAGCAUGGAUCAGCAAGGCUCUUUCGUUCUUCCAGCAAAGGCUUCCAAGGUACAACUCAAACAAGCCAUGGUUCCUUGAUGACAAACAAACAGCAUCAAGGCAAAUCAAAUAAUCAGUAUUACCAUGGCAAAAAGAGGAAACACAAGAGGGAUGCUCCCCUCUCAGACCUUUGUAGAUAGUCGGCGUUGUGCGAUGGACUGUCUUCUGUGUGCAAUGGUCUCAUGCUCAGGACAGUUGGAUAGGGACUCCUGGCGCUCGGGAGCCUUACACUGUUCAGACUUUGAUUUAGCAACUGCGUUUUUUCCCAGCUCGCCACGGAAUGGAUCAUGAAGACUGACAACUGCAAAAACAAAAAGCAAGCAAAAAAGGGGGAAAAAAAAAAAGGCUGCUCAUUUGAUAAGUCAUAUGCUACAACAGGGUCAUUUUAAGAUUUAAAGCUUGAAUGUAAAAUAAAUAUAUUUCUCAUUGGCUUUAUGCAGAGUAAUAGGGAAUAAUAUUCAGUGUGGGUAGGGUGAUAGGAACAAAAACCAAUUUCAGAGGAUGGGGUGGGGAAAGAAAACAAAAGUAUCUUAUAGGAAGUCCAGAUUCCAAAGGGGAAAGUGAUCUGUGCAUGUUUUCUUUUUUUUUUUUUUUUUAAUAUUUUUGCAUAUAUUUACCAUUUUAUUGUGUGUAUAUAUAGAUGACCAUAUAGGAAAUUGAUAUUUGUAAUAGUGGAUUUGUUAAUACUUUUUACAUAACAUUACUGUUUAAAUUGUAAACAGAUUUUUCUCAGGAUUAGUUUCAAAAAUAAUCUGAAUUGUCAUCUUAACAUCCAUAUAUAGGGAAGUGAUUAGUUCUAUUACUCAAUUUGUUUUCCUCAGCAUUGAAAUGACUUACUCUAGAACCCUUGUGACCUGCUGCAAAAAUUUUUCCUCUAAAGAAAAGGUUUAUGGUGGCAAAUGACGUUUUAUUUUGUAAAAAAAAAAAAAAAAAAAAAAGAAAAAAAGAAAAGAAAAAAGAAAAAAAAGAAAGAAAGAAAAAAAGAAAAAAACGUACUAUGUACUUUUGUGUAAACACUGAAAAGCUCUAGUCAUCUCUAAGAAUUAACUUGCAACUGUUUUCUAUAGUGCUGUCGUCUUGGGCAAUGGGCAAUUACAUGACUUUGUGUUUGUUUCCUUUGCAGUCUUGUUUUGUUUUGUUUUUCUUCCCAAUAGGGGAAAAAAAAAAAAAAAAAAAAGGCCGCCCGCGUCUGGUCCCAUUCCUGUUGCGGUGAAACCCCGAGUCCCACAGACUUUGCAUGCUGGCUCCCAACCCUGUGUGCAGCGUGUGCUUGGUUCUCUCGUCUCUUCUUCUUUUCUAAAUCCAUGCUUAACUACUGUGGGAGAGAAUAACUGUAAACAGCUUUAAUUAAAUCAUACUUAUAAAAAACUAUUUUCUUAUACUCCACUUUAUGCUUUUGGUAUUGUUGAUCUUUAAAAAUUAAAUGGUCUUUGAUAAUGGAUCUAUUUUGUAUUGCCUUAUUAAGACCAAAUACUUCUUGUCAUCCCAUUCUUUAUCCUCUCCUUCCAUGGAAUUGUUAUCUUUAAUUAAAACUUUUUAAAACAUUGGCUUGUUUCAAUCAUACUGUAAAUUUUGGUUGUGGUCAGCUUUGAGCGCAAAUGAGAUGUAUAAUUCUGUUACCCAUCACAUGUUGAGUCUGAAACUCGGGAAUGUUGAAUAUAAUAGGAUGUAAGUGACAUUUCUGAAAAUGCUCUCUUUCAAUGUGAAGGCUCUUGUGUUUAGCAUCAGUGUAUGUGGCUCUGUUAAUUACAGCCAUUUGGGAAAUGAGAUUCUUUUAUAUAUAUACAUAUAAAGUACUAUUGGCUUUUAGGAAUUUCUUUUAUAUACAUUUAUGAAAUACUGAAGACCAAUCAGACCAUUAAUGGACACUUAGUGCAACUUUUUAUAAAGAAAAUAAUGCUAAAGUAAGACCAAAACUGAUGUUAUCACUGAAAUUGACAGUUUUCAAUAUGUUCGUAUUUUAAUUCACAAUGGGAAAAUGUGUUCCACAACUGGAAACUCAUGAUACUUGUGUAAAUCGUGGAAAAUUUUAAAUGUGAUGUUAUUUUGACAAUGUUUUAAAUUUUAGAGUCACAUUUUAUUCUGAUCAGAAUUUUUAUCAAGAUGUUGAGCUUUUGUGUUUUGAAACUAGUUUGUCAUAACAUAUUGUGCUUAAUCACAGUAUUUAUUUUCUAGGACUAUUGUGAAUGUGUAGACUUAUGUUUACUGCUAAGGGAACAAUUAUUUAUAAAAUGAUAUUAAAUCCAGUAUUAGCUGCCUAUUUCAGACACUUAAUACUUGCAGAGAUCCAUUGUUACAUUUACCACACUGAAGUUUUGUUUUGUUUUGUUUUGUUUUGUUUUAAGAAUCACCCUCAUUGUUGAAAGUAAAUGUACUCUUAGGGUGCAGAUAUUAGCGUUCCAAUAAGCAUGUGAUUAUAUUAAGGUGGUGGUAGCGGGAAGAUAAUCUUGAUUCCAUUGGGAAUCUUAGGUUUUCGUAAAUUUAUUGGGAAAAUAGUUUUUCCUGUACUGCUGAAGUUUCUUUUUGGUAAACAGUAUCUUUCUAAAAGAAAAAGCAUGAAGGAGAAAUUGAGGUGUGUACAUAUCCUCAAAUGACCAGCAUUGUAUUCGUGAAUACUGUGUAUCUUGCAAUGAACAGUGUGGAAGCUGUUCAUUUUUCAAUCUGAAGUAAAAUACUUUCAAGAACUUUUAGUUUGCCUGCUCAUUUGUUUUGUACAUUUCAUCUCUGUAUUUGACUCCUGUCUUUUUUUCUCUUUUGAGUUUUAAUACUUUCUAUGAAGAUUUUGUGAGUAUAUCAGAAAUGUUUCAUUUAAAUAUUACAGUCCAUCCAUACUCAUGAGUCAUAACCUUCCUUUGCUCGUACUUGUAGAAUGGGAUUUCACCAAUUCUGCCUCACUGUGGUGACAUUUCUCGGGGAGUCAUGUAUGUGUGCCUGGUCGGUGUUGGAGCUCCUUGAAAAGUUCUGAUAAACAUUUCAGUACUGGUUUUCAGAAGUGUUGAUGGGUCAUAGACACGUCAGCAUAAAACCUGAAUGGUUAUGUUUUGAUGACAAAGGUAAAUGCAUUUUUUCCUGCAGUUUUGAGGUGUCCGCGAAGGAGCCUGGUUUUUAGCGUCUUUGUCUUGUUUGGAGAUGUUGCAUGUGGUUUUCAAAUCUAGCUUUGCUCUCAGGAUCUACUGGUUUUACAUACAGUUGCCCUCCAGGCUUCAACAGCCUUUUUUUUUUUUGUCCUAUUUUGAGUGUGUUUUACUUUUACUUGCAUUUUGAGCCUGUCAUUAAUACUUGGAUUAUUUGCUCUGGCUCCAGAUAUUCCUGGGUAAAGUCUUCACAGGGUAAAAACAUGCAUGCGAGGGAGAGCGUUACUAAUAGUCUUUCUGCUCUGAAGUCUCGUACCUCCAUGUGUUUUCUCGUUCCCUCCCCUGUGUCAUGGUUAGUGUGAGUUGUGUUUGUCUUAACCUAUGGACUCGUGUUUGGGGUUUCCAGAGCUGUAGGCCUGCCAGGAGAGCGGAUGGCCACGGUGAGCUGCAGGGCCCUCUUACUGCAGUGUGUUCAUUGCAAAGACGUCCCCACUGACUAGGAUGUAGUUACCAAGGUUGCUCUGUAGAAGUCCCUAGAAAUCACCAUUAUUGGGUAUUAUUGAUAAGUUUUGUUGAUUUUUUUUUUGUUCAUAGUUACAUUUCAAUUUUAUUUUAAUGUGGAUGUACAGUUCAAAACUGAUCAGUUCCUUUGAUUAUUACAUGCUGUUGAUCUCUUAGUGUUUCAGUCACUGACUAGGAAUGUUGAUAGGAGAUUGGUUGCUUCUCAAUUAACUUUUCAAGAACUAAGUGGUAACAUAUAAAAAAAAAGACAUUCCUAAUUUUCCUGUGAUAAAUAUUGAAAUGUUAAAUUAAUGAUUAGAAGAGUUUAUUCUUAUCCAUCAGUUCUUGCUCUCUGAGCUCAUUUAACUGACUUCGGUUAGUGGAGAGUAACAUUCUCAUCAAGUAUUUUGUGAGGAAAAUAUUCCAUAAAUGGCUCUAUUGAACUUAAUUGAGUAGGAAGUUAUAUUUAAUAGUUACUCUUUAUCCUAAUUUUCAUCAGUGACCUAAUUCAUCUAGUGACGUAUUUAGAGAAUGGUGCAGCAUCACAGUGGGAACAAAGAUGUGUAAAAGCAGUUCUUGGAAGUGAUGUCUGUAUCUUGCCUCAGCUUCUGAACCUCAAGACUCUAUUUUAUCAAAAUAUUUAUGGGCGGAAUGAAUAUUAAAAGAACAAAUUUUAAUACGCUACUUGAUAUUUAACAUAACUGAGAAACUAGUCCGAGUUGACCGUGGAAGUUACUUGCGUGGCUCGGAAACUUGAUGUGACCCAGAAGCCUUGUUCUUUACCGUCUUCUUGUGAGCUGUUUUAACUUUAUGCCUUGAGCACCUUUUUUUUUUUUUUUUCAUCAAAGAUAAUGACCUAAAUAUCUGUAUAAAUUGAAUGUUGACAGAAUUAAGCAGAAGAAUUGCUUUAUAUAAACUCUGCGGAUGUAUUUGACAUCCAGAAUUAAAUAUUUACUUAAGGGCAGUUUUUCAGUUAAUACACUGCUAAUGUUUGUUUUACUCUUAGGCAGGGUUUUGAUUUUAAGUAUUUGGCCUUUACAUUUUCUACUUAAGUGUAUGCCCUAUUAAGUGUAACCUAGUCCACAGUCUACUAGCCAGAAGGAGGGAACACCGUAGAAGAGACUGAACCAGACAGAUGGAGAUAGCACAUCCCCUUUGGUGGUUAUGAACUUGAGGAAUCUCCAGGAUUUGCUGAGAGAAAUGUUAGCCGUAUCGCUAAGAACAGACAAUAACAGACAGUCUCUUAAUUUGUGUAUUUUCAGCGAAAGUGUUUGUUGGUAUUUUCUUUAUUUUUGCAUUCUAACAUAAGUCUCUGUGGUUCUACACGGCCUUGACUCCUGGUCAAAGCAGCAGUUUCCAUGUGGCCUGAUUACAGGCCAGGUCUCCGCUAAGAAAACAGUCUGGAUAAAUUUGUUAGGAGUGUUGUUUUACCUUCAAGAUGCUGUAAUAAUGAGAGCCUGUGAAGUCUCACAAGCUGGGCAUUACCAGAAUCAUGUGGUGGGUGGGGAGGGGAGACAGAGGCCUAGGAGAAACUGUCGAAGCCAGUGACUUGGUGAAGCUGUCUCUCAUGGAUUAGUGACCUGUACCUUCCAAAGAUAAUGAAAUUAUUUAUUGGUUAUCAGCCAGAUUCUUUGAGUUGAAAUUUAUCUCCCCUUUCAACUUGGGUUCUGUGCAGUUCGUGGCUGUUGCCUAAAUCAUUUUGUUAUUACCUUUUAUAUUUGGUUGCAGUCUGUCAUAACCUGUCUCUUUGUCCCUAAACUGAAAUCUCCAAAAUGGAAGCUCCUGCUCUGGUUUUUACAUAUUUAAAUUUUAAGGAGUCACUUUUUAAAAAAGAGUCUCUUGAAAGUCCUAUAAUCCUAAAA